AUGGCAGACGCUACAAAGAAGACCGCAAAGCCCAAAAAGAUGACUUUGCAAGAGCUUCAUGCUUCAGAAGAAUUCUCAAGCUGGGCUGAUGAUGUUCCUGAUCUCCCAACUGCACCAUCCAGAGAUCCUGAUGCAGCACAAGGAGGCCGUCCUCAACGAGGUGCUUUCGGCGACAACAGAUCAGGUGGUGGAUUUGGAGGAGGUGGAGGAGGUUUUGAUCGAGAUCGAGGUAGUGGUGGUGGUGGUGCUUUUGGCUCUAGAGACAGAGGCGACAGAGGUGAUCGAGAGGACCGUGGUGAACGAAUCCCUCGUGGUCCCAUGCCUAGUGAUUCCAAUGAAUGGCGUGGCCAACGUGCAGCUGGUGGAACUUCCGUAUUCGAAAACCGUAGACAGCCUCCUUCCUCUUCCUCAUACGAACAGCGUGAUUCUCGACAACCCCGGUCCACUUUUGGUAGCAGUGGCGGUGGUGGUGACAGAGACAGAGCACCUCCUCGACAAGAAAGAACUGGCCCCAGAGUCUUCCCAUCUCGUCCUCCAUUCACUGCAUAUAUCGGCAAUCUAUCAUUCGAUUGUACUGAAGAAGCUAUUGCCGACUUUUUCAGUGGUCUAAAUAUCUCCUCUAUUCGCUUAUUAAAGGGUGAAGAUGGUAGACUGAAAGGGUUUGCUUAUAUUGAAUUCGGUGAUCUCGAAUCAUUGGAAAACUCUAUGAAUGCUGAUGGAUUUGAGUUUUUGGGAAGGAAUGUUCGUAUGGAUGUUGCAGAGUCAAAGGAUACUGGUCGAGAUGUUCCAUCUUCCGGCUGGAGAGAUACUGCUCGCCCGGUUGUAGGUCCACCACCAGCACGAGAAUCUGCUUUUGGCGGUGAUCGUCCUGCUAGAGAGCAAAGAGAACCACGAGAGCCAAGAGCUGCUGCACCACGUCCUGCAUCCCCAGAUAAAGUAGAACGCGAAAUCCCCAAGGAAAGGCACAGACUAGUCCUCAAACCACGAGAAGCCCCUACUCCAGCCGACCAUUCCCCAAUCACACCAGACGUAUCCGAUGUAUAUCAAAAAUCCGCAAAAUCUAAUCCAUUCGGUGCUGCCAAGGCCAUCGACGUAGUCGAAGCCGAUAAAAAAGUAGAGGAACGUCGUAAACAUCGAGAAGAAGAAGCCAAAAAAGCCAAAGAGGUUGAAGACGCUGCUAAAAAAGUCGCUGACGAAAAGAAAAAAGCAGAUGACGUAUCUAGACGUGAAAAAGAAACCCAAAAGAAGGCAGAAGCAUUCUCAUACGCUGCUGCCGCUGCUGAUGUCGCUGCUGUUGGAAGCGGAAGCACGGAAUCUAGUAAUGGUCCAAGUGCUGCUGAUCUGAAAGCCGCUGCUAAAGCUGAAGCCGAAGCUGAAAGGACAGAUAAUCUAGUUUUUGCUACUGCUUCAGAAGCUGAUCGCAAACGAAAAGAUAAUCUCGUAUCUGCAACUGCACCAGCUGGAGAUCGAAAACCAAGAGAAAUCGAAUUCGACCCCAUGUCCAUAUUCAUUAGAAACAUUCCUGAUGGUUUACCAUUACAUGAGCUCGCUAGACUGUUUGAAGACUAUGGUCACGUCAAGCAUGCGGACAUUAUUGCUGACAAGGGCUUUGGAUUUGUCGUGUUUGCAGAGAAGGAAUCAGCAGCAAAAGUCAUUGGCAUGACAUUCACUCUGGAUUCACCCAAUGGUGAAAAGGUUGAAUUGAAGGCCGAAGCUCGUCGUUUACAAGCACCUAGAGACAGUCAUCGUGCUCGUGGAGGUCACCCUACGGGUGUGCGACCACAAUCUGGUGCUUCUGCUCGACCUGCUACUGCUGCUUCUCACGAUUCAGAGUCAGCACCUGCUUCUACAAGUUGGAGACGACCUGCUGCAAAUGAUGAUGGGUCAUCUCGUGCUCGUGGUGGUGGUGCACGUGGUCGAGGUGGUCCUGUUAGCAGUGAUCGCGGUCGAGGUGCUCCAGCAUCCAGAGGUGGAUAUGCUGCUUCAACUGGUCGUGGUGCAGCAGCCGCUCCCAAAGUCAAUGGUCAAAAACCUCAUGAGCCAGCAGCGCCAAUUCUUGUAGAACAGCCUGCUGCAGUCCCAACCAAAAAUAUAUAUGAUCUGUUGUCCGAGGACUGA